UUAUUGACGAGGAUGUUGCCGCGAAUGUUGCCUUUGCGUUUGCCCGUUGAAAAUUUAAAAGGCGUUCGACUGAAAGCAUCGCACACCGUCACACCCGCUCUCCACACUCCGCACUUCCGUUUCCGCUCAAAAGCACAGAAUGUGUUUACUUUGAACUAGCGAAACUGUCAACGACAACCGCAAACUAUCGGCGGUAAGAAGGACCCGCAUCGUGGAAGCCCUAACCAAGCCAGUUGUGAGCAAACAAAUUAGUGUUUAAUUAUACAUAGGCAGCCGGGCGGGCCAGGGCAACCAGCAAGCAAAUCAUUAAACGAGAAAAAAUGCAUCAAAGCGGCGUAAAAUGAGUGGGAAAUCCAACGGCACCGACAGCCACGACAAAGACCAACAAAAACACAAACACAAACAGAAGCAGCAGCACAAGCACAAAGCUAGGCAGAAAAAGGGACAAAAAACGGGUCAGAUACUAACCGCAUUAGAGGAUGCAGAAGCGUCCGAAAGCGGAUGUGAAGCGCGUGACGGGGCCGCCCAAGCCGCCGCGUCUGAAGGCCGCGAAAAAGCAGUUGCAGUUCGAGAGUCCGCUGCCAGGACGAAGGACACGCGCCAACCAGCCGGACGACCAGUUGCAGAAACAACAACCCCAGCAAAAGGUAGCAGACAAAGUCAUUGCUAUGCCGGCCAGCAGCCAGGAUGCGGACACGGAUUCGGCAGCAGCAGCGGCAGCGGAAGCAGCAGUGGACGUGCCAGAAACAGAGCCAGUUCCAUGGCCAGAUCCACACCCACACCCACGUCCUCGCCCAUCGCCACGAGCAAAUCCCGGCCAGCUCACAGUGUCACAUUCACAGUCCUCCGCCGCAAAAAAGCGUCUCGCCGAAGGCUGCACCAGUCUUAUGUAUGCCUGUCAGCGGGGCGACAUUGUCCAAGUGCUCGCCCAAAUGCGCGAAAAGCCCCAAUUGCUGCGGCAACGGGACCGGAGCCAUCGUAACGCGCUGCACUACUGUGCCGCGCAGGACGUGGAGCAGAGCAAGGACCUCGUGGCGGCCGCCAGCAUCGCGAUCGCAGCCCCCGAGCUGCUGGAGUCGGCGGACGAGGAUGGCUUCACCCCGCUCCACCUGGCCGUCAUCCAGGGCAACCUGGCCAUGGUCAACCUGCUGCUGGCCAACAAGGCGGACGUGAAUGCGGUGGACAACGAAGGCCACUCGGUGGUGCACUGGGCCACUGUAUGCGGUGAAGUGGAGUCCUUGCGAGCGGUCCUGGCCGCAGGAGCCAGUGUGGCCAAGCCGGACGCCAACGGAGGCACUCCGCUGCACUAUGCCGCCCAGAUGUGCGGCGCCAGUCACGACAGCAAGCAGCAGGCCAGUUCCAGUCACAGUUCGCGGCUCUCCUUGGAGAUCCUGGGAAUCCUGCUGUCCCAUCCCCAGAGCAGUGUCGAUGUGCAGGACAAGGACGGGCGGCAGCCGCUGCUGUGGGCCGCCUCUGCGGGAUCGGCCAAGGCAGUGAUGGCCUUGGUCAAGGCGGGUGCCAGGGUGGAGUCGUCAGAUAAAGAUGGCCUCACAGCCUUGCAUUGUGCUGGUUCCAGAGGGCACACCGAGUGCAUUGACACCCUAAUAGGCCUCUGUGGUGCCCCCACGGACCUAAUCGACUCCAAUGGCUGCACUGCUCUGCAUUACGCCGUAACCUUGGGUCAUGCCGAUGCCACAGCCAGAUUGCUGGACCUAGAGGCCGAUCCCAAUCGCCAGGAUCGCAAAGGACGCACUCCAGCCCACUGCGGUUGUUCCAAGGGUCAGUUCGAGACCUUAAAGCUGCUCAAGGAGCGCGGAGCGAAUCUCUGGCUGCGCAAUGCCAAGGGUGAUCUGCCGCUCCACGAGGCCGCAGCCUCUGGGCGAAGGGAGCUUCUGGAGUGGCUGCUCAAUCAGAGGCCCAAGCAGGUGAACACCACCAGCAACGAUGGACGCAGUCUGCUGCACUUGGCGGCGGCCAAUGAUUACACGGACAUGUGCAAGCUGCUGCUGGACUAUGGCGCUGAUGUGAAUGCCGUGUAUCGGAACUCGAGGGGCCUGGUCCUGACCCCACUGGACGGAGCCCUGCAGCGUGGUCACCGCUCGACGGCGAAGUUUCUUCAGGCCAACGGUGGUCAGCCGGCCAACAAGGUGCGAUUGUCGAGCAGACGCUCGGGCAAUCCCUUUCACGAAGCCAAUGCCGCCGAUUUGGUGAGACCCCUGAAAUAUGUGGAGAAGGAGGAAGUGCACGAUCUGCGCAGCUCCAAGAAGUAUGUGGUGUACCUAAAGCGCUCCGAUGCGGAUAAUGGAAAUGGGAAUGGGAAUGGAAAUGGCAAGGAGGAGGAGGAUCCCGAUUGCAGCUGCUCGGAGCAGACUUAUCGCAAGGAGCAGCGCAUGAAGCACGUCUGUCGGCGCCACAACAGGAGGCAACUUCGCAGACGCACCAGCAGUUGUGGCGAGUCCAAGCAUGAGCGCUGCGGCGAGAUUUGCCGCUCCAAAAGUAACAUCGAGAUCAGGCGGCGCAAGUCCCGUGAGCGGUACGCCAGUUCCAGCGAGUGGGAGGAGGAGGCGGAGGACGAGGAGGACUCCUGCGAGAAUUGCUGCUACCACAAGCGGCAAAAGGAUCGGGUGGUUUCCCGCAAACGAUCCACCUCCUCCAGGAAGUCAAAAAACCGAGAGGACAGCGAGGUGGAAGAGGGUAAUCACACGGCCCACUCUUCGCCGGAGAAGAACUCGCGAAAGCCGCUGACAGUGAAUGGGGAGCAAAAAGCUGGUCCUGCCCAGGAGCCAACCACUGCCAGGGAGCAACCUUCAUCCGCCAGCAGGCAUAAGGAGGGCACCUUCAUUAAGUCACCCAACCAAAGCGAGAAGUCCGCCCAAAUGGACAGCCUGCUGGUGGAAGAGUCCCAUGCCGUUGAGCUAACCGACGAGGAACAGGAGGCGGCCAAGUCGGUGGUGACUCAGGUGGAUGUCCAUCACGAUGCCGAGGAGCAGCAGACAUCCAGAUCUUCUGAGGAGGUGCCACUUGUUAAUAAAAAUGAAAACAACAAUGGGGAAAAGCAGCCAGACCAGGAGGCCAAACUACAGCUGAGCGAGGAGGAAACCCAGUUGGUGUCCAAGGAGGUGGAGCAGGUGAUCAAGAUAGCAGCCACUGCAUUGAGCAGCGAGUCGAAGAGUUCCAGUGAGGAAAGGCCCAAGGAUGGUGAGCAGGAGCCUGUGGCGAAAAUCGAAGAGGAUGUGAUGGAGCCCCCUGCCACGCCCCCACCAGCGCCUAAAGAGGAGGUCGCUAAGCCACCGACUGCCGCAGAAAAACCACAGUCGAAUGGCAACACCACCGAAGGGGUUAAGGCUGCGGCUUCAGAGCCAGUAACUGUUGGCAAAAAAGAAGAGCAGGCUGAAGGCAAGCCGAAAUCCAAUACUAACUCCGCUGCCACUCCCACUCCCACUCCCACUCCCAUAUCCACUCCCCCACCCACCGCCCAUUCAGCCACAGAGCCCAAAAAACCGACAACCGCAGCCCCACAGCAGCCAAGCCCUCCAUCAACCCAAACGCCCCGGGCCACGCCCACUCCCCAGCCAGGGCCACCGCAAAGGGAGCAGGAGACGAGGCGCUCCUUCACACUCCUGCCCUCCGAUUCGGCGGACGAUGACCCAGCUUCGCACCCGAAUCCGCACCAGAAUCCGAAUCCGAAUCCAAGUACUGAUGCCCCAGCCUCAGCUUCCGAUGAGCCAGCCACUGAGCGGAAAUCGAGCUUCCAAGUGCUGAAAAGCGACGACUCCCUGGACGAGAACUCAAAGAGACCAGGACGCAAGGUGGACUACGAGGUCGGUAAUCAAGUCUUUCAGGUGGUGGGCGAAGGAGGAGGUCCGGCGGCCCAGUUGCCCAGUGCCUCGGAGUUGGAGCGGAUGGAUGGCUAUGAGUACGAGGAGUACGAUGACGAAUACGAUGAUGAGGACAGGAAUAGCAUCGAUCCGGAGCAUGAUAGUGCCCUGCGUCGUUUUCUCAGCAGCGGAAAUCGACAUGGAGUGGGUAGUUCUGCAGCGGGAGCAGGAGCAGGAGCAGGAGCAGGAGCAGGAGCAGCAGGAUCCAUUGCAGAUGACGCAUCCGAGGGCAUGGGCAAUGGCCGGAAGCGACGCCUCAAAAAGCGCGUGCGCAGCGGCAACAAAACACGCAGCAAUUGGAAAAACAGCCAGGAGUCGCGCGAUGGCGGCAACAUGUCGGCCCUGGCCACCACCAAGGACCAGGACUCGGGCUUCGAGCCCAGUCCGCGGGCGGAGCGCAGCAAGAUACCCACCCUGCGUUCCGCCCACACCGCCCACAUGCCGCGGCGGCCCAUCUACGCCACCCUGGAUGGGCGCUCCUGCAGCAGCCGGAUGGAGAACCGCAAGCCCGGCGACAAGGGAGCCUGCGACAUGGGCGCCGUUACCCGCUCCAUACAGCGCAACAUCCGGAGAUAUUACAUGGAGCGCAAGAUCUUCCAGCAUCUGCUGGAGCUCAAGUCACUGCAGAUUCGUUCCAGCAAGUUGAACGAGGCGGUGCUGGUGAAGCGGGCCGUGGACGACUACCACAAGUCCUGUGUCCUUUUGGGCGGCGAAACGGGCACGCGGCUGAGGCGCUACAACUUCAGCGAGUACACGUUCAAGAACUUCGAGCUCUUCCUCUACGAAACGCUGAAGGGACUGCAGCGACCGGGCACCAACAACUUCCAGAACAUCAACGAGGUGUACGAGGAGGCGGAGCGGCGCCUGAGCCCGGACUACAAUGCCUACGAGAAGGCGCUGCAGUGCACCACCAAGACACACCGCUGCCUUCAUGCUGCCCACGCCUACACGGGAAUCCCCUGCGCCGCUUACAUUCCCAUGAUGAAUCACCACACGAUGCCGAAGUUCGGCUUUGGCGCGUACAAGAAAACCGGCAGUGUCAGCAGCUUCUUCCUGCCCAAGAUCCUGACCAGCGGUCGCGCCUCCAGCGGACGGGCAGGCGGUACGGGCGGCAGUGCGAGCGGCAACCGCUGCAACCACAAGGUGGCACUGGAGUUGUCGCACGGCAAGAACAAACAGCUUAUUUCACUGCCCGCGGAAAAGUUGGACAGCAAUAAACGAUAUUACGUGACGUUCACAGUUAAGGACUCGCCGGGGCCAUCGGCGUACCAGCAGAAGUGUGGCAAUGCCGCUGGCGAUCCGGGCUGUAAGUAGAGCGCGGCGUAUACGUAAUGUGGCAUACAGUCCGUAUACGCCCUGGCCAUUGCCAUCGGGCCAUCGUCACGGGAUCCUGACACAGCCGCCGACCUGCGCCCGCAUCCUCGCUCUGCUUUUUGCUGUUUGUGCUGCUUCUGCUCCUGCUGCUGCUGCUGCUCCAAAUGCAUUAAAACAAUGCCAUCGCAACAUUUUCUCUCGCUGCUGCUGUUUUUGCAAUUGUUGUGGCCACCCGUUGUCCGCGUUGCCUUUUUUUCCAUUUGCUUCCUGUCCUGAUGCUGGAGUAAAUGGCGGUUUAUGCAGGGUGCCUAGCAGACGUAUGCACUUCACCUACACGGUUGGCAAAAUUCAAUUUAUUACUCACAACAAAAUUGCUGGUCACUUGGCUUCUUUUAUUUCAUUAACUAAAGUUCAAAAAACAAAUAUUGGAUAUUGGAUUUAAAGAUGUUUAAAUUGCAAAAUCUGCAAAAUCUUUUGCAAAAAUGGUCCUUGGAAAAAAGCAAUAAGUUCUAUAACCAAUAUUUGACAAACGUAUUUUAAUUUUAAAACUUAGUUUUUCAAUUCAAAAAUUUACAUCUUAUAACUGAGUUUUCAAAUAAAAACAUACAUAUUUUGCAUUUAAAAAAAUAUUAUAUUAUUUGAUUUUAAAAUUGCUGCUUCUGAGCCACACAGUAUUUUAAGUUAAAGCGUUUGUAUUUUGGUGAGUUUCCUCAAAGUGAGUUUAUUGCCCCAGGGCUAGGGUAUUUCAAAGUCGACUUCGUACCCCUUGGCUCUGCUGUUGUUUCUGCUGCACUUUAAGAUGGCCAACUGCUGAUAAUGGAUGAUGGCUCUGCUCUGCGGCUGUCAGUUGAAGUUGUCACGCUGGCAGCGAUGCAGGCAGCAGCAGCAGCAGCAGGAGCAGAAACUGCUAAGGCAACGGCAGCUUAAAUUAUGUGUUCCUCCAACCCCGAGCAGUUGUUCACCGCUCAGUGUUCAGUUGUUCAGUUGUUCAGCUCCGCACUGUGUUGUUCGCCUGUUUCGUAUUCUUUUUUGCCGUCUAUUUGUUUGGUUGUUUGUUUGUCCGUUGGCGCUGCCGCUGCGCUUUUAUUUCAGUUUUUCAUUAUCAUUUUUUGUCGCAGUCGCUGGGUUUCGUCGGGUUGGGCUGGCUGCUUGGCAUGCUCCUAAUGCCGCAGAUAAGCGUUGUUAUUAACGCUCGGCUUACCAGGACUAGGGGACAGGCGUGAGGACAUGCCGCCCAUCGUCGCUUUUGUCCAUGGAUAAAAGGAGAAGGAGAAUGGGGAGCAGCAGGAGCAGGAGCAAAAGCAACAGCAGAAGCUAAAGCAGAUUCAGGUUCAGAAUCAGAAUCAGAAUCAGCGAAUGAAUAAAUGUAAAAUAUGUACCGUGCAUUUCUUUGGCAUUUCAACAUUUUUACUUUAUUUGCAAUUUUAUUUACUUGUCUGCUCGUUCGCGCCCCUAUCCCCCCGCUGCCCCUUUUCCCUUUCAUACCAUCCCAUUCAAGCCGUUGUUUGUUUGUUUGCUUACUUCGCACUGAGUGCAUUGUAAAUGGAGAAUAAUUGCAUUGCAUACAAAAAGCGUCGCGAUUUUUAAAUUGUAUAAGCGAGCAGCAGCGGCAGGAGCAGCAGUACUGCAACAGCAACAGAAGCAGCAGCAGGAUACACACAGCAUCCGCCGUAAAAUGAUUUCUUUAAAUAUCAACUUAUAAGAGCCGGAGUGCAUAAUAAAUUCAGCAUUUUAAGAGUUCUCGUUCCGCGUAGACCUAAGGCAGCUGUUGCAAAAUAAACGUUGAAAAUGUCUAAAUUGAAGUAUGCAUUUCGCACACACGAAAAACGGGAACACACACACACACAGUCACACGUGGCUGUAUUCAAAACAAUGGAACCACUCCCACUCACCCACACACACACACUCACGCACACACAUCGUUUCCGCCCACAUGUCCUUGGCAUAGAUGCGAAAAGCGGGCUGAUUGCUCGCUUCGCAGGCGCCGGUAUCAUUAUUUUAGCAUCUGCUGAAACGACGACUGCUGACAAAAGGAACAGGCUGGCAAAAAGGAAAACAUUUUUACGGCAUUCUCGGCAUUUUGGAAGCCACCUCGCAACCCUAUACCCAUACGCAUCCUCCUCCUCCUUCACAUCGUUUUUGGAGCUGUGGAGCUGUGCCGCGACGAUGGUAUUCUUAUGUCUGCCAAGAAUGUCAGAUGUGGAGAAGUGGUUUUCUCAGCUGCAGCUGUCAGCCAAUAAUCACCGGGCUCAAUCGUAGCCCUUAUGAGUUUCGCCAGGGCAACCAUUCGGCCAUCCGACUGCUAAUUGAAUUCGAAACUGGCCUUUUCAGUGGCCAUUUUCCGUUUCCUAGACAUUCAGCCAUAAGCUGUGGGACAAGUAAUUUACAAGAGAAACGGUUAAAAUAGGCCUUUGAAAAAUAUUAGAAUUU